AUGACGAAAGAUCCUCAGUCUUCAACUGCUUGCAGAAGAAUCAUGAAUACUACAAGCCAAGGCAGCACAUCGCGUACAGCGAAGAAGCGGAGCGAGACUUCCCGCCUCGCCUAUAGACCAGCUGAAGCUGCAGAACAUUCGAAGUUCAUUCCAAAGAUUGCUCUAGCCCCGCUAUCAAAAGAAAAAUUACCACCAACAGUGGGAAAGUUCAAUGGUUUAACUGAUCCUGACGAUCAUGUCAGAGUAUUCACAAGCGUUGGUUGUAUGGGAGGAUGGAACAUGCCGAUGUGGUGCCAUCUGUUUAUCCAGACUUUCACAGGGGCUGCUCGCGCCUGGUUCGACAGCCUUCCACCAGGAAAGAUCACGUCGUGGGUUGACUUCAGAACCCAAUUCGUAAAUCAUUUCAGCCAACAAAGACGUUACCAGCGCGACACAGCGGAGGUAAUAGACAUCUGGCGUAGAGACAACGAGGGGCUAGAAGAUUUCAUCACUCGCUUCAACAAGGAGUGUUUAGAGAUUGGUGGUGUAAGUGAACAAUUGAUGCGCGCACACUUCAAGAAAGCCAUUCGAUGUGAUAGCCUCAUCAGGACUAUCACAGGCAAAGACGGUAUGCCCAAGGAAUGGGAAAAACUCAUGGAAGCCGCGAAGAUAGUAGCGCAAACUAAAGAGUCUUUGGCCGGUAACAAGAACUCGUACACUGAAGAUCGUUUUUCCAAAGUAAGCUCGCGCGAUAACAACAGGCGCAACAAAGGCAAAAACCUUGGAUGGAAAGCUAGCCAGUCCAGCGGUUAUGAUGAAGGACCACGCUUCAGAGAGGAUGCACGAGACACAAUCGAUCGCAUUGGUUAUCGAAAGGCAGUCCGGAACGAGAUUCGAGAAAAGCACUGGACUCCGCUCAUUAAGACACCAAAAGAGGUGCUCAUGACGGAGAACCACGACUUCAAGGCUCCAAAGCCUAUGACGAACAAGAAAGGCCAAGACCCAAACCUGUACUGCGAUUUCCACAAGGAUACAGGUCAUCUGACGGAUGACUGUGUCAGCUUAAGGCAAGAAAUUGAAAAAGCGCUGAAUAGCGGGAAACUAAUCCAUCUAGUGAAGAAUGUGCGCAAGGAGACACGCCAAAUUCAGCGCAAUGAUUAUGGGAACCAAAAGAAAGUCAGGCGUCUGGAAACACACAUGGUCAACAGACCAAGAUAA